UGAUGUCAGAGGGGAUGCCCCACAAUUAUGUGUGCGUGCAGCAGGAAUUGGACUGGGCGGACCUGCCCUUUAAUUGCUGUUGUGCUCUGUGUGUGCUCCGUCACAUGCAGAGUCCUUCGCCACCGAGUAGCAAAGUUCAUUGCAGCAUGGUGGCAUGGCUGUACCAUUCCCAUUUUUCUUAUCUGUGAUACAACUUCCUCGCUGGUCUUCGUUUGUAUCCACACAAGAUUUAGAGCUUUGGAUUUGGAAUAUUCACCUUUUCGCAUGAGUUAACGAGGAAGCUAUGGCGGGGACAGGAGUUACCCUGAGUGAACGUUUUAAAGGACUGAACCCCUGGAAACUGUCCUCUCUUGAAGAAGAAUUUGAACAGCAACCCACCUCAGGCUUGUCCUUGAGUAAUAUCUUGAAGUUAAGCUCUCUUGCAGUGACUGUCAACGGAAAGAGUAAGAGCAGACGUCCGAAGGUGCCGAGCUCCAGGAAAUAUGCCACUACGUCCCUCCAUAAGUUGUUCAGUCAGAAAUCAACUGGGAAGGAGGCUAAGAAUGAGAAACUGAAGAGCGGCAAUGGGGAUAUUACGGUUGAUCAGAAGAAGAGAAUUGAUCCAUCGAAUGCGGAGAAAUCAAAAUGUGAGAAAUCUGGAGAGGUACCCUUGCAAGGAGCGAUACAAGUAAAACCCAGCAACAGUGAGGCACUUAUAGAUGGAUCUAAACAAACCAACAUCGAUCCAUCAAAGGGUUCCUUAAAUCUUCUGCAGAAUGGAGUUACAUCAAGUAUUGAAAGACCAAGAGAUCCACGUCUGUUGUAUGGCAAAGGAUCCUACAGCACCCUUGCCAAGACACCUGGAGCAGUUCCUCAGUCUGGUAAACCAGCAAUUCCUGAAAAAUCAGAAAAUCAGGACACAUCUGAAAAGGCAAGUAAAUCUGAGAACCCAGACAAAUCUAAAAAUCCAGUCAAAAAGAAGAGGAGUUUUGGAGAAUCUCUUUGUUCAGACAGUGGUGCAGGUUUGGAGGCUGUUGGGAAAAAGUUAGAUGGAGGCAAGACAAUCCAGGUUGUAAAAAGAAAUGCAGUCACCAAGAAAAUCACUGGGGUGGUGCAGAUGAAUAUGAAAAGGAAACCCUUGCAGAGUACUGAUCCAAACAAGCCCCCAGUAAAAACAUAUAGUUCAAGCCAUAAUGCACUCCAGAGGAUAGCUGAAGCCAAGAAGGCAGAAGAUAUAACCUCAGCAGCUGAUUCAGGUGCAGAGGUCACAACGCCGAAGUCCUUGAAGGGUAUCCUCCAGAAGAAUAAUCUGUCUGUUGACUCUGUUGAGACAAGUGAGAAAGGGACAGAGAGUGCAGUGACAUCCGUAACCGAAGUAUCUGUUCGUACAGGUAAUGCAUUGAAAGAGGAUAAAUCAGAGCAAUCUGUGGUAAAGCAAAGUACAAAUACCAAGAAGCCUGUGAAGGGCAAGGUCAAAGGAUCCACAAAGGUUGCCAAGCCAAAACAGGAUGUGAAAAACAAAACUGUAUCUAUGACUCCCAACACUCCAAACAUUGUUCUGAAAUUUUCAAUCACCCCUUCAAUGGAUAAUGGGAAAUUUAAUUUGACAGUUGUUUCAUCAUCUGAAGACGAUCAAGAGAAAUCUGACUCUAAAGAGCAGAAUGUGCAAAUGGGCAUCCCAUUAUCAAUAAAACACAAUCCCAAAGAGACGGAGAGUGCAGUGACUGAAGUGACUGAAGUAUCUGUUCGUACAGGCAAUGCACUGAUGGGCAUUCCAUUAUCAAUAGAACACAAUCCCAAAGCAGCUGCCCUAUCUGCAGAUGACCGGAAGGAGUUGGACAAGCCUAAACAAGUGCCUGUUACAGAUGAAGAGCUCAAGAAGGGGUCCCCUAUCCAAGUCCAUAUUUCAAAUGGUGCAAAUGGUCAUAAAACUCCAAGCAGUGCCAGCAUGAGCACCCUCAAUGACGUUUCAACCAGUUUAGCAGAAGGUGCUCAUGUGAGUGUAGGACUGGAUGAAACAAAGUUAGAUCAAGGAUCUAUGGUUUCUUCUGGAUGCGUUUACACAACAGCCCGAAAGGUGGCACAGGUAUCUAGUCAUCAAUCUGUUGUGCAGAUAAACAACUCGCCUCCAGUUCCAAUAAGCUAUGUGUAUGGGUCUGUUGCAAGCUCAAGCAAAGCAAAACCAAAUAUAGCCCAACCGGUCCAAACACCAUACAAGAGUGGCUAUGGCAUUGAUGGUACCCAGAUUCAACAGCAUACUCCUAUGUCUGACCAGUACGAGAUGCCCCCAAAUGGCCAUCAAGGAAAUGAAAUUUGGCCACACCAUCAACCAAGUAUUGUUACACAACCAAGUAUAGUGUCAGCUGCAUCAAGUAAAAGUUUAAUAACUAAAGGUAAUGUCGGUAUAACUGAGUCUUUGCCAGUUGAGGGGCAUGAAGAAUCUCUCAUUUUGGGUCACAGUGAGCCAAAGGAAGCCCCAAGUAAUCAUCCCAUAAGUGACAAUAUGCCAAUAACUGUACGUAUCCAGCAAAAUGCGCAAAAUGCCAACAAAGAAAUCCAGAAUAAGGAGGGUCCAUGUAAACCUGUACAUCGUACAUUGACUGCAUGUGCUAGUGCCUCUGAAAAGGAAAUGGCGACAUGUUCGGGAGCAGACAAUUUUGAUUUAGUGGACAUGGAAAUUUCAACCCCUGUCCGUCAUGUACCCAACAGCAUCGAAGCUAUCUCUAAUGAGGCAGAUGUGGUACCAGCUAAUAGUGUUGGAAAUGGCUCAGUGGUCCCCACUCUGAAAUCAGAUGAAGAAAAGAAUGCCAAAAGUGACUUUAAGGAAACCGAGACAGCUGGCAGAAAGGACAGUGAGGUCAUUUCCCCGUCAGAAUGGACUGACGGAGAGGUUAAGAGCAAGGUUGAUGGUCAACAAGCACAGGUUGCUAGUUGGACAACAUACCUGCAUGAAGACACUAAUAGUCCGAUGAGGUCGGCCUUCGGUUCAAAGCAGUCAUUCAAAGAGGCUCUAUCAUCAUUGCAGAGCACCUUGCAGACUUUGAACAAUAGUGGAGAUGCAGAGAUUAGCAAGGAUGAAGCAACUGCUCACCAUCAGGUAAUAGAAAUUACAAAGCAUCCAUCCCCCUCAACUGAUGUGCAACAUACAACUCAAAUAGAUGUAACCAGCAAUAAGAGCCAGUUGGUGAGUGUGCCAAAAGAAGCCGUACUUUCUCCUAGUGCCAGCCCAGUGUCACAGAAUAUCUCUGAAGUGUCUGGUAAUGCAUUUCAGCCAGACAGAACUGUGCCAUUACCUCGCUUAGAUGUUCAUACAGAUUUGCUGUGUACCAAUCACACAAGUGAGAAUGCCUCUGUCCAGAACACCCUCAGAAUAGAAAUACCUAACCCUCCAAAAGUUGAUGGUGGGACAGGAAAUAGCAUGUGCAACGGGACAAGUCAGUUCCAAGUAGAGACUGUCCUUGAUGGAAGAAAUGGUGUUUCUGUCCCUACAGUCAUUAAGUCAGCAGAUUCUGGAAAUGAUGAUAGCCUUGAAUCUCAACAAAAGAUGGGUGUUGUGUCAAAGAAUAAUAGUGUAGUUGAUACUUGUGUGACCUCCAGCGUGAUUUUCGAGGACAGAGGCAUCUUUGAGGACACUUUGAAUCGAUCCAAAUCACCAGGUACACCGGUUGAAGAUGAGUUCAGCAACCAAGAUCCUUUUGGUCCGAAAGAGAGAGUGAACUAUGAAACACAAAGCAGAACUGACCACUUUGCUUCAUCUGAUAUUGGAGGUCCUAGCUCAAUGAAAUAUGAGGAGGAAAACAAUAAUGCCUGUCAUGAAAAGGAAAAUGAACCACAUUAUCAUGUGAAAGAUGAAAGGCACAGGCAUCAAUCGGACUUCAACAGGCGCGGCAACAGAUACCCUGAUAGCCCAAAGAAUCGACACAGACCUGUUUACAUGCGUGAACUCAGUAAUGUUAGUGAUAUCAGUAUAGAAAAUGAUGAGUUUGGGACUUUUGAGGAUGGGUACAGCCAAGAAGCGUUGAAACCAUUGCUUGUAAGAGGAAGAGACACCAGAAUGGAUCACAUUGAGUACCCAAAAGAUGAUCCAAGGAUAUCAAGAAGGGAGAUGUAUGAAGAUGAUCAGGAUUACUCAGACAGGACUAUGUCUAGCCAUCCAUGUAAAGAAACACAUCCUCAUUACACACACCCUCCUCCUAGAAUUGAAAGAUUGGAUAACGAGGAAAGUGUUUACUCCUAUCCUCAACCGGCAGAGAGAGUUCACAGAUAUGAAGCACCAGACAGACCUAUCCAAAGGUAUAGAGAGGAGCAGAGCCCUGACUCUCGGAUUUAUGCAAAAAGUGAUAUUGGACUUUCAAGGAGAGAUAGUGGAGGACAGUUUCAAGAAACUCCAGUUAACCCGAUGAUAAGGGAACAAAUGACAGCCGUUCAGGCCCUGCAGAUUCAAAUAAAUGCUGCUGUUAAUCCAGCGCAUAGAGCAGCUCUUGUAAUGGCUUUACAAGCUCUCACUGGAGGCCCAGUGCAAUCAUCCACCGGAGAAGUGAGACCUGAGGUCGAGACAUCUACAGUUCCUGAGAGGCAGAUAGAAUAUAGAGAUGUGUCAGAUGAAGUUUCAUCAAAGCACUUUCGUGAUGACUCUGUUCAUGACGAUCCUAGCAACAGGAAGGUUGAAUUUACUGUUGUUUUGAGAGAUGAUGAUGAGCAGUUCUUGAGGAAAGACAGUACCAAUCAGUCAAGGGCAGGAGAUCACAGCAAAGUACAAAGGCACCCUUAUGAUGCUCAGGAAAGGUACCCAGACUCAUCUGCACAGCAUGAACAUGGUUCUCACUACUAUCGAGUUGUUGAGCUCAACGAUGACCCACAUUCUGACUAUCCAAGACAAGAUGGUAUUAGGAAAGAGAGAAUGGUAUCUCAUGAAAUACCAAGAACUGUUGGGCGUCAAAGAGGUACUUCUCUUGAAAAUUCAGCUGACAGUGAUGGGGAGAGGCACUCAUCCAGCAGAUCAAGGCAUGGACAGUCACUGUCUCCUGAAAAAAGAGAUAAGAAACAGAAGAAAUCCAUUAGCAAGAAAUCAAAGAAAAAAGCCAAGGAAUUUCAUGGCCGUCCUCUAAUCAAGGAUAAGACCAACAAAACUGAUCCUCAUUUCAUUCCUCUUGAGGAUAAGGACAUUGUACAUAGAAGGAUUGAUCCUAGGAGAAGCUUAACUCCAGAUCCUGCAGGCGAUCCUAAAGAACUCAGACCACUAACGUGGCCUCAUACACAAGUGGAAGAAAGCAAGAAAAUAUCCCGGAGCAAGGCCAGAAAAAACAUGCAAAAAGACAAAAUGCCUCAUCCUAAACCAACUGAUAUUUUACCUUGUUCAAAGAAUUUGAAUUGUAAGCAAGAAGAAUCAGUAAGAGGGACAUUGAACAAUGCAUCUUGUGCUGAGGCACUCGCUAAAGAAAAUUCAAAUGAAUGCCUUGUAAAGAGAGUUGUGCAUCCGGAAGUAGUUGGCAACAAAGAAGGAAAGGCAUCGUCUGAUGGAAAGGAAAAAGGGCAAGCCAAGGAGGCUCUCGGUGAGAUAACAGACAAACCAGAUCAUGUCAUUGAACAAACAAUUACAGAAUUUGUAAGUGAAGCAAGGGUUGCUUCCAGCCAGGUUACUAGUGGAAGUAAAGAACAACAUGACAACGUUGCUAGAGAAGUACAUGUUUCUUGUGCAACCCACAAAGACCAACUUGAGCAAACAAACUGCGAUUUAGUAGAGAAUGCCUCGUUAGAUCACAUCAGAAAUGGAAAAGGAAGUGAAGACGAAAGGAGGUUGGAUACAUCAAAUGAAUCUACCACACCUACAAGCAGUCACUCGGGUGGGAAGAAGAAAAGAAAAAGUCCAGAGUCUAAGAAAUAUGACUAUGGCGAUGAUAAAGUAGGUGAAUCUGAUUAUAAACGGACUCCUCAAAGGAGAAAGCUAAGUGAAAGGAGUCCUGAAAGGCACAGAAAAUACAAACACACUAGAAAUGAUGGAGAGAAAACUAGACACAAACGGAAGUAUGUAUCAGGCUCGGAGAGUGAUAUUGAUAGUGACAGAGGAGAGCAUGUUCGUGAACCAGGGAGUAAAUUCAAACAUUACAAACAAUUCUCGCGAUUUAACAAAGGGUAUGACUGGAGAUCAGCUAAGAGUGGGCCAUUCAGACCCGGCUCUGGAAUGAGGUCUCGUACCCCUUCCCAGAGGUUUGAUUACAGGAAAUACAUAUAUCCUGGAAACUUGGGAAAGCCUUAUGGAAACCAAAAAACAGUUGGUAGUGGAAGAGGGAGGGGAUUCUCACGAGGACGUGCACAUCUCCCUGGUCUUUGGAGGGAAAAGGAAACCUAUUGCAUUGACUUUACAAAAGAAUUUAAGAACUCGCCUUCCAAAUCAAUGGCAUCCCUUGGGUACACAUCGAUUGUUUCCUGGGAAGAUAUCCAUGUUGCCCUGUUGGAAAUCAAAGCGAAAAUGCACGCUGUGGAGAACAGCUCAAGAGAGGUUAGAAAAGCAUCAUCUCAAUUACAGGUUGCUCCUCUUCUGAAGGUUCAUAAGUCAGCGUUGACCGCUCUACAGUGCAUUAUGUCAGAAGUGUUUGGUAGGAUCUCAAUUGAUAGACGUGAGAUGUACCUGCAUCGAAGGAAGUAUGAGAUCUUGAUGGCAGACAUCCGGAUUCACGCUGAAGUUCUUGGAAAGUUGAUACCACCCGACCAAGAGGAGGCAAUGUUGUCUGAGUUUGUCCCCAAUACAACUGGUAUUCCUAGAGUUAAGCCAGCGAUUGAAUUGAAAGUAAUGAAUUGGUUGAGUCUAAUGGCCAACUCAGAUAUGCUGCUGGCCGUCAAAGACAUUAUCAAGAAAAAAAGAAACAAUCUUGAAUAUAGAGUUGAUGCAAUGAAAGCGUUGGAUAAGAAACAGCCAAGAAGGGUAGAAGAUCGUAUAAACAGACAUUUCCCUAGAAGCAGACAGUGGUCAGGAAGUGAUAUUUCACCAGACACCACUAGACCUGAAUGUGGGAAUCACAGAGAUGCAGGGCAAAUCAAGUUAGAAGUUUCACCAGAAGUUCGGUCGUGUCCAGAGUUUUGUCCCAGCACGCCAGAAACUCCAGUUGAGCACUUGCCUAGAGGAUUUUCAGAGAUUCGUUUGCCUACACACCAUCGUAGUGGGUAUCGUGAAGAACAUCCUGAAGCAGGUCCAUCUACAGACUUCAAAUAUCCACCUGAGCCAGUCAGGAAACCUAUCAGUACCAGUGAAGAAAACCUAGUACUUAUGGAUAUUUGUAUGCCCCAUGAUGCUGAUGAAAAUGUGUCUUUCAGCCUGGUGGAUAUUCCUUCACCUGGGGACCAAAGACCAGCAGAAAGUGACCAGUGCACUAAACCUGUCCCAAGUAAAGAUCUUACAACUGAAUUCUCUGUAGCAGACAGUAGCUCCAAUGAUGUAAACGACACAAAUAUAUCACAGAAAGUGUCUCCAGAACAUUCAGUGGUUCCUCAGAUGCCAUAUGACAAUCCAACUCCAAGUGGGUUUGUAAAUUCCUUUAAACCUGCUACCCCAUCAAGGUAUCAUCAUUCAGAGCCAAAGUUCUACAUCUCCAGGGUGCAGAGACUUGCCUCCAAGACACUGAUGUCCCCAGAGUCAGGCUCUGAUCUUCAGAUGCUGCUGAAGAGCGACGCAGAGAGGAAGUUGAAACGAAGCAAGAGCCAACAGUCGCCCUCCUCGUCAGAUGAGCCAUCAAGUCAAGUUGACAUGAGUGUCGGGAAGUCUGAACUGAAGUCUCCGAGGUAUUCGAAGAAGCGGCAUUUCCUGGCAAAGUUUCAAUCUGACUCGGAGAGACCCGAUGACAGUCCGAAAGUUGACUCCUCAAUGCUGUGUAAAUCCCCUGAACCUGUGUCAACAAAAAUCAGGGGGAACAACCUCAAUGCGAUGUACAACGAGUAUGAUGAGAGCUGUCUUGUGGAGGAGAUUGCCAAGAUUGACAGCUGUGUCCUAGAACCUUCACCACCAGCACCUACAUCUAACUCUAAAAAUGUACCAAGCCAUGUAGGACCAUCGUAAGAGUCAAGAGAAACCACAGCAUCGGUGAGAGACAGAGAACAAAGGUCCAAGAAUUGUCCGUAUCAAGAAAAAACCUCGCAACAACUGGCCAUUCUGACUGCUGCAUGUCCACUGACUGGAGAACUAAAGGUAAAUUAAAUCUUCAGUGUCUGAAAGUCAGCGAUGAACCCUUGGACACUGAUAAUGCAAGUCAAUUAUAAGUGACCUGAUGUGACCUUCACCAAGUGACCUUCAGCAAGUGACCUUCACCAAGCGACCUUCACCAAGUGAUGUCCAAGUAAGCGAUUCAAAGGUGGCAAUGGACGCCCUUGAAUUCAGGAAGCUACAACAAAGAUAAUCUUUUUCUGAAGUCAAUCCAAAGAGCUGCCAGAAUGUGGUAAAUAUUCUCUGUUUUGUCAGUGUAAGUUCUAUCAAUUUUUGUGUGUUUUACACUUUUACCAUGUUUUUGUACAAACCUCAUUUUCCUGAAGAUAUGUGUUCUCUAAACAAUGAAAUGGUUUAUACCUACCCUGUACAUGCUAUGUGUUGUAAUAUGUUUAUUAUGCCAAAGUAAUUAUAUUAUGUGUCCAAAAGAUACUUGUUCUAAAGAUACUUUCAUAAUUGAAUAUGUGGCUUUGGAUAAUUUCCUUAUUCUAUCUUAAUAUAAAAAUGUUUACGUUUUUCAAGUGCCACUUGAGCUCCUGUGGUGAAUAUACUUCCUACUUCAAUAUGCUGCAUUAAAUAAACAAAAAGGCUGCCAAUUUUAAUGGGAAUAGUUACAUUUUCAUCAAUUAAAAAUUCAUAUUACUUAAUUUGGUUCCAUUGCGACUGAAUUUUUCUGCGAUGAUUUCUUUGAUGGUACCUAGAUAUUGUUACAAAUUGCAUUAUGGAUGUGUCAGAAUUCAGCCAAUAUGUUUAUGUACCAUACCCCACCCCCUCCC